AUGACCGGCAAAGAGGAUAAGAAGAAUGCGUGGGAGGAGUGGAGGCGAAAAGAGAACAAUGCCAAGACGGUGAACGAGGACCUGUACUUGGACCUCGGUGAUAUGAUGUCAGCCGCUGCGAUGUGGAGUAGCAGGAAAGAGGGAUACGUUGUGGACGUGGGGUUGAGCGAGGAUGGAGAGUUGUUGGUGUCGGGGGAGAUGCCCAAGAAGAUAUGA